AUGCAUAAAUAUCGCAGCCAAGCUCGUGAAUUAGCUUGGUAUGACGAGGAAGGACAAGCCUCCUCCCACAACCCAUUUAAGAAAAUCCGCCCAAAAAGACACCACCGAUCGGAUUCUAUUCAACUCGAGAGUGGAUUGGUCUCAUCUCGAAGCCUGGGCGAACUUUGUCUCUCAGAGGACCAGCGCCGACGACAAGAGAUGACCAGUGGCCUUGGAGGCCCAGAACACUCAGGCACGUUCCCACUAGACUCUGCGGGCAGCGAUCAUGGAACUCCCAGGUCCCCACCUGAGCCAUCCAUGGCUAGCCAGGAUCCGAUCAAUGUGUCGACAACGUGCGGGGAUGAUAGUGAGACAAUUGGUUCGUCGCAAACACGUCAGCGGAAGGGUGGUAUCUUGGGAAAUUUCGCCCAUCGCCACAGUGAUGAUGAUUGGGAUGACAAGAAGUCGCUUUCGGAACCCCAGACCUUCACCCUUGCCUCACAGUUGAGGGCUACUAUUUUGAACUCGUGGAUCAAUGUUCUUUUGGUGGCUGCGCCUGUCGGAAUUGCGCUUUAUGCCGUUAAAGCUAAUCCAAUUGCAGUUUUUGUGGUCAACUUUAUUGCUAUUAUGUAUGCAUUCUCACCAUCAGCCACUGUGGAGAAUGUUAUGGUUAACCUUGUAUACAAUAGUCCUCUUGCGGCCAUGCUCAGUUUCGCGACUGAAGAAAUUGCCCUUCGCACGGGCGAAACAAUCGGUGGUUUGCUGAAUGCCUCGUUCGGUAACGCCGUCGAACUGAUUGUUGCAAUUAUCGCCUUGGUCCAGAAGAAGACCCUUAUUGUGCAGACCUCGCUUAUUGGCAGUAUCUUGUCCAACUUACUUUUGGUCUUGGGCAUGUGUUUCUUUUUGGGCGGUAUCGACCGCAUGGAGCAGCAUUUCAACGUAACAGUGGCCCAAACAGCUGCGAGUAUGCUGGCAUUGGCUGUCAGCAGCUUGAUCAUUCCCACUGCCUACCACAAGUGGUCUAAUCUUGAAAAAACAGAUGGAACCGCCGCUCUCUCCCGAGGUACUAGUGUCCUGCUCCUGAUCGUGUACGGCUGUUAUCUCUUCUUCCAAUUGAAAUCACACUCCGACAUGUACAACCGGCCCAGUCCGAAGGUCGAACGACGCCGCGCGAAGGUCGCCGAAGGCGACGCCAGCCGGGGUAUCGCUCAGAUCGGCAAAAUGACUGCUGUACCAUUAGUCGGUUCGAGUCCGGACCAUAUGCAAAUGGAGGAGCCCGAAGACGAAACCGAGCAACCGCAGUUGUCCGUCACGUGUGCCGUCCUCACGCUCAUCAUUUCGACUGCUUUUGUGGCAGCGUGUGCGGAGUUCAUGGUCGAAUCUAUUGAUGCUUUAACUGCUACUGGUAAUAUUGGCGAGACCUUUGUCGGAUUGAUCCUGCUGCCUAUCGUUGGCAAUGCGGCUGAGCAUGCUACCGCGGUGACAGUCGCCUGCAAGGAUAAGAUGGAUCUGUCGAUUGGAGUCGCUGUUGGAUCGAGCAUGCAGAUUGCACUGCUUGUGCUGCCGCUGAUCAUCGUUCUUGGAUGGAUCAUUGGUGUUGAAGAUAUGACUCUCAACUUCGACGGUUUCCAAGUGAUCGUACUCUUCGUUUCUGUUCUUUUGGUGAACUACCUCAUCGGUGACGGCAAGUCUCACUGGCUCGAAGGCGUCUUGUUGAUGAUGAUGUAUCUGAUUAUCGCUAUCGCAUCUUGGUUCUUCGUUUGA